AAAAAAUAGUUUUGCUUAUUAUAGCAUUCCUGGUUGAAGUUUUUGAGUCUUGGUUUACAUUCUGGUCUCUGUUAUUUCUGAGGAGAGAUCAUUAAUUAUUCUUACUGGGGCUCACUUGUAAGUAACAACUCAUUUUCUUCUUGCUGCUUUCAUAUUUUUCUUUCAGCGGGCACCUGGCUGGCUCAGUCAGUACAUCAAGGGGGGCUCUUGUCUCAGGGUCAUGAGUUCAAAUGCCACAUUGGGCCUAGAGCUGACUUAAAAAACAAAACAACAAAAAAACAACAACCAAACAAAUUUCUCUUUCACAUUUCACCGUUUUUACCAUGUUGUGUCUAUUUGUAGAUCUCUGUGCCUUGAUCCUGCUGGGUGUGUUGAGCUUCCUGGAUGUAAAAAAUAUAACUUUGAGAACUUUUCAUUGUUAUUGGACGAUGUUAAAAUGAUCCUUUUCUCUCUUCUCAUACACCCAUUAUAUAUGUAGGUAUGCUUGCAUCCAGGUUUUCUAAGUCUCUUUUUCAUUUGUUUUUCCUGUUAGACUGCACAAUAUCUUUUAAGUUUGCCAGUAUUUUCUUCUGCCAGUUUAAAUCUAAUAUUGAGUUGCUCUAGUGAAAUUUUCAUUUCAUAUUACAAUACUUUUCAAGUGUAGGAUUCCCAUGUGGUAUUAAAUAGCUUUUCUUUAUUGAUAUUGAUGUGACACUGUGACCAUACCUUUAUGUAAGUAUAGGUUCUUUUGUUUAUCUGAAUAUAUUUAUGGCUACUUUGAAGUCUUUGUUAAAUUUGGUGUUCUUGCAGGCAGUUUCUGUUUUGUUGAUGGGCCAUUUUCCUAUUACUUUGGACUUUUUCUUUAUUUAUAGAAAGUAGAAAUUAUAGAUAAUUGUAACAUAUCUGGUAUUUUUGUCUGUUUCCCCUACUAGUGCUCCCCACCACCAGACUUGUUAUUUGCUUGUUUUCUUUAGUGACUAGCUAGUUUAAGUGCAAUCUGUCUUCCCCCAGCCCACACUGAAAAUCUGUGAUAUUGCUCCUUUAGGGUACAGCCUUGAUUAUUACCACAGUCACCUUUGGAUGACAGUGGUUUCCACAGGUCUAUCUUUUGAGUAUCUCCCAGCCGUUAAGUUGCAGAAAUCAUGAUUUCUGCUUUCAACAAUGCUGUGAAGUAUAUAUUGCUUCACAGACCAAUGUAAUCAAGUCAGUAUCUGGGAUUUGUUCUGACAAAAGGAACAGCUCUGUAAGUGUCUAAUUCUUUCUGGGAAACUAGCCAGCCUAUAGUUCAUAUAUCUCCAGCGAAUCUUUCAAUCUUCUCCUAAUAGUCUUUUAGUAAAACCUCACUGUUUUUGAGAAUGUCCUUAGGCUUGAACUUUUCUACAGUUACAAAUGAUGUCAUUUCCUAUGGAGACACAUAUGGAACUCUCUUGUCUGUGGCCAGCUUCUCCCUCUGGACAAAAUCACCAAGUCACAGACCUUGUUCUUGGGUUAGGGACAGUGGCAUGCUUCUCUCUGUCACACUUCUGCUUUUAGGAGCUGGGUGCUUUGUAGGUGGGGAGAGGGUGAGUGCAGCAGCCAGAGGUUUAAGUUUGCCAAGAUCUGUUGGCAUGGAAAUCCUACCCCAAGAUUCAAGACAGACAACUGGAACCCCAGUAUUCUCACCAGGGCCACACCCAAGUUUUGACAGGGAGCAUGUCAUCGGAGCUCCUCACGCUGUCAUGGCAGAAAUGGAAUUCCCUGACCAAUUCCUUACAGUUCUAAGCAUGGACCAUGAAUUGGUGACUUUCAGGGAUGUGGUCAUCAGCUUCUCUCAAGAGGAAUGGGAAUAUCUGGAUUCGGCUCAGAGGGACUUAUAUUGGGAUGUGAUGAUGGAGAACUAUAGCAACUUGGUCUCACUGGAUUUGGAGUCCAAGUAUGACACAAAGUAUUUAUUUAAUGGAAAGGACAUUAUUGAAAAUAAUGGUUUUCAGUGGAAAGUAACAGAAGGUAAAUUCAUUGGUUUGGAGAGCUCCAUUUUCAGAAAUGACUGGCAAAGCAAAAGCAAGACUGAAGUACAAAGACCUGAAGUGGGAUAUUUCAGCCAAAUGAAAAUCAGCUCUGAAAAAGUGCCAAAUUAUAAACAUCAUAAAUCUCUUCUAUCACAUCAGAGAAUUCAUAAAAGCAAGAAACCCUAUGAAUAUAAGGAAUAUGAAAGGGUCCUUAGCUGUGACUUAAGUUUUGAUGAAUGUGAGAGAAUACAUACUGGUGAGAAAACAUAUCAGUGUAAUGCAUAUUGGAAAACCUUUGGAGAUGACCCACAUACCCUACAACUGAACAUUCAUACUGGUGUAAAACCUUGUAAAUAUAUGGAAUAUAGGAAUCCAUUUAGUUUUUAUGAAGACCUUAGUAUACACCAGAAAAUGCAUGAUGAUCAGAAGUGCUAUAAAUGUAAGGAAUUUAAAAGGACCAUUAGAAGAGUUGAAGAAAUAACUCCACUAAAAAUAAUUCAUGAUGGUGAGAAAGCCUAUGAAUGCACUUUCUGUGGGAAAUCCUUUAGAGUGCAUGCACAACUUGCUCGACACCAGAAAAUCCAUACUGAUGAGAAACCUUACAAAUGUAUGGAAUGUGGCAAGGACUUUAGAUUCCAUUCACAGCUAACUGAACAUCAGAGAAUUCAUACUGGUGAGAAACCGUACAAAUGUAUACAAUGUGAGAAGGUCUUUAGAAUUAGUUCACAGCUUAUUGAACAUCAGCGAAUUCAUACAGGUGAGAAACCUUAUGCAUGUAAAGAAUGUGGAAAAACCUUUGGGGUAUGUAGAGAACUGGCUCGACAUCAGAGAAUUCAUACUGGAAAGAAACCCUAUGAAUGCAAGGCAUGUGGAAAAGUCUUUAGAAACAGUUCAUCCCUGACUAGACAUCAGAGAAUUCAUACUGGUGAGAAACCCUAUAAAUGUAAGGAAUGUGGGAAAGCUUUUGGAGUAGGUAGUGAACUUACUCGACAUCAGAGAAUUCACAGUGGUCAGAAACCUUAUGAAUGUAAAGAGUGUGGAAAGUUCUUUAGACUUACGUCAGCACUUAUUCAACAUCAGAGGAUUCACAGUGGUGAGAAACCUUAUGAAUGUAAGGUAUGUGGGAAGGCUUUUAGACAUAGUUCAGCCCUUACUGAACAUCAGAGAAUUCACACUGGAGAGAAACCUUAUGAAUGCAAAGCAUGUGGGAAAGCCUUUAGACAUAGUUCAUCUUUUACAAAACAUCAGAGAAUUCAUACUGGUAAGAAACCCUAUGAAUGUGAGGAAUGCGGGAAUGCCUUUAGUCCUGAAGCAGAUCUCCUUCAGCAUGAUCAAAUUCAUACUAGAGAGAAACCUCAUGAAUGUAAUGAAUGUGGUAAAGUAUUCUCUCGAGUCUCAUCCCUUACUCUACAUUUGAGAAGUCAUAGAGGAAAGAAACCAUAUAAAUGUAAUAAAUGUGGAAAAGCCUUCAGUCAGAAGAGAAACUUCCUUUCUCAUCAGAAACAUCAUAUGGGAGAGAAACUCUAUGAGUGUGGGAAAGCUUCUAUUCAGAUGUCAAGCCUCAUUAAACACCAGAGAAAUCAUACUGGAAACAAGCCCUAUGCAUGUAAGGAAUGUGGAAAAGCCUUCAAUGGCAAAUCAUAUCUCACUGAGCAUGAGAAAAUCCAUACAGGAGAGAAACCAUUCGAAUGUAAUCAAUGUGGAAGAGCCUUCAGCCAGAAGCAGUACCUCAUUAAACAUCAAAAUAUCCACAGUGGAAAGAAACCCUUUAAAUGUAAUGAAUGUGGAAAAGCCUUUAGCCAGAAAGAAAACCUGAUUAUCCAUCAAAGAAUACAUACUGGAGAGAAACCUUAUGAAUGCAAGGGGUGUGGGAAAGCUUUCAUUCAGAAGUCAAGCCUCAUUAGACACCAGAGAAGUCAUACAGGAGAGAAACCCUAUAUAUGUAAAGAAUGUGGGAAAGCCUUCAGUGGCAAAUCAAAUCUCACUGAGCACGAGAAAAUUCAUAUUGGAGAGAAACCCUAUAAAUGUAAUGAAUGUGGAACAAUCUUCAGGCAGAAGCAAUACCUCAUUAAACAUCACAAUAUUCAUACAGGAGAGAAACCCUAUGAAUGUAAUAAAUGUGGAAAAGCCUUCUCUCGAAUCACAUCACUUAUUGUACAUGUGAGAAUUCAUACAGGGGAUAAACCUUAUGAAUGUAAAAUAUGUGGGAAAGCCUUCUGUCAAAGCUCAUCUCUUACUGUUCAUAUGAGAAGCCAUACGGGUGAAAAGCCCUAUGGUUGUAAUGAAUGUGGAAAAGCCUUCUCUCAGUUCUCAACUCUUGCUCUACAUAUGAGAAUCCAUACUGGAGAAAAACCUUAUCAGUGUAGUGAAUGUGGGAAAGCUUUUAGCCAGAAGUCACAUCAUAUUAGACACCAGAGAAUUCAUACUCACUAAAGCUCGAUAAACGCCUUGAAUUUAGGAAAAGCUUCAGCAAAACUCAGACUUAAUGGUAUACCAGAAAUUCAUUUUAUAGUAAAGUGGCUUGAAUGUGGAAAAUACUUCAACAAAUCAAAACUUAAAUACUAACAAUUUUAAUAAGUAUCAUAGUUUAAAAACCUAUGCUCCCAGAACUCCCACAGCAAACAUUGUUAGUGAUGUACUUUUAGGAGCAAUCUCAUUGAAGUAAGUAUGGAUCCAGUCAUGGACACUAAGCAGCAUGGUUCUGGAAGGCCUACCUGAUGCAUUAAGACAAAGAUAUGAGAGGUAUAAAGAUUUUAAAUUAAGAGACAAAAUUGUCAUUUUUAAAGUUUUUUGCUACAGAUGUAAUCAAAAGUAUUUGUUCUUGAUGCAUUCAUAGAAAUCAAAGAUGGGAACAGAAUAUUGUAUUCAGAAACAUGCAUGCCUUUAUGGGGAAUUGGUAAUUGAUAGAGAUGAUAUCAAAAGUUGGUAGGGGAAUUAUGGAUGAUUCAAAAAAUGGUCUCAGGGUAACUGAUUCUUCAUGUGGAAAAAAUAUUGGAUCUCUGCCAUAGUAAUACAUUAAAGAAUUUAUUAUGAAAUCCAAGAGUAUUGUAAAGACCAGAAUGCAAAAAGCAAAACUUGGUAACAUAAGAAUUUUAUAGGAGAAUGUUUUUAAAACCUCCAGUAGGAAGGAAUUUCUAAAAUAGAUUCCAGAACACACACUCUUGAGUGUACAUGCAUAUACCCAAGAAACCGAUACAUGUACUUAAGUUAGGGAGUCAUGUAUCUUUAUGUUCAUUGCAGCAUGAAUUACAUUAGCAAAAAAUUGGAAACGUGUGUUGCUUGUGAAAUGGAUAAAUACAAUGUGAUAUAGGCACACAGUAGAAUAUUCUCUAGUAGUUAAGCAUAACAGAUUAUAUAUAUAAAUAGAAAGACCUGAAAAAUCAUGUGGUGUGAAAAAAAUGAAGAGAUCAAUAUGUUAUAAUCAUUAGCUCUGUGAAUUUGAAUGAAAUCAACACUAUUAUUAAGCAUUAGUUAUGGAAGAACAUUUUUAUGGAAAACUGAAGAAUGGAUUGGAAGGAUACACACUCAUUUCCCAAAAGUGAUUGCCUCUAGAAAGAAAGGUAGCAGAAAAGAAAUGGGACCAAGCAUGGUUGUUAAAGGAUAUUUCAGUUUUGUAUCUAAAUACCAUCAUUAAAAAGAAAUAAAGAUUCCAACUAAAUAUAACAAAAUGUUAGUUAACUCUGGGUUGUGGUAAUAUAUGUGUUCUAUUGUUUGUGCUAUUUCCUGAAAAUUAAAAAAGAUAAAGAUAGGAGUAGGAAAGUUGUACAUGCAGUACAUGUAAUAAUGGACUCACAAUCCCAGGCAGAUGCUACUAUUUUAUAGAAAAUAUUUCUAAAAUCAUACCUUUAUUAGAAGUUAUUUUUUUUAAUUGGAUGGUAGCUUAAAUUAUUUAAAUGUACUUUUGCAUGUCACAUCACUAAUAUGUGUGGUCUCAGAAAUUAAAGCAUGAUUCUGCAACAGGUUAAGUGGGUUACAUACAUUUAAGAAUCAUAUGAUUUAAUAAUACUUGCACAGACUUGAUACUACUAAGAACUAGUUUUUACUGAAACAUCAGAAAUUUUAAGAGUCCACAUAACCAGUGUUAGCAUUAAUAAUUUGAUAUUUUUUAAAUGAAGAAACCAAGUUACUCUUAAAUUUUUAAAUAUGCCACUGAGUAAAACUUCAACUCUUGCAUUUUACCUUCAAUUUUAACCUCAGACAUUUUUAUUCUCUAUUCUGCCAGAUAUAAUUGAUAAAUCCCCUGUUUGUUUCUUUGGUGAAAAUGGUGCUAAAAGAGAUCUGAGACCUAAACAGUAUUGUUUUAUGUGAAGCAAAUCUUUUUGCCAAUUUUUGUUUACUUGAUCCCUUUCUACAACAACUUGACACAUAAAGAGUUGUUAAUGCUCUUCUUGAACAGUGAUAAAAAUGAGUAUGCAAUAUUUAAACCUUAGGCAUAUGUCAAAUAUAUCAAUUUCUUUGAAAUACAAAAUAAUGAAAUGCUAAUAAAACCAUAGUACUACACCACUUAUUAGCAGUUUUGAAGAUUGGUCUUAAGAUUAUAAAUUCCAGGGGUUGUUUAUGUGUUUACAUGAAUGUAAAUUAUCCUCUAUUUUCUUCCAUUCUUCAUUAAACAUUCCCCUUGUAUUUCUUAAGUGUUUUGCCCUUCCAUUUGUACAGCUUUGAAGUCACCAGAGCAAUUUAGAACUCUUAAUUCAGACCAAAUUAGGAGGAUUACCUUUUGGUGCCUGCAGUGGGUUGGUGCCAAGGUGCAACAAUGAUUACGAUAGUCAGAUAGAGUAAGAUGAGUAACACCUGUGAUACUGUAUACUGUAAAUUUACUCUGAUAUUCCCUACUGAUUGAACUUGUUGCUAGUUAUUUGCCACCACAAACCACCCUACAGUAAACAUUUUUUUUUUAACAUUCUUAAAAUCAGACCUUAAAUUUCAGAUGUUUUUAUUUCUGAGGCAAAAGAUUGUUAGAUUAAAUGACAUAUACUAUUUUUUCAUUUUAAUAGAUAAUAUCGGUCAUUUUCAGAAACACAUCUUUCCUCUAAGCCUGCAAUAGAUGGUAAUAUACUACUUAAAUUUAUGUUUGUCUGAUGAGCAUACACCUCAACUGCUCCAAGAUUUGCUGCUUUGUAAAUUUUUGCAUUGUUGGCUCAUUUUCCUAUAGGAUUAUUUAUCUGUCAAUUUUGAAGACCUCUUUAUAUGUUAGACGUUAGGAAUUUGCCUAAUUUUUGUCAUAAAAAUAUUUUUCCAUAAAAAUAUCUUAAAUUUCUGUGUAAUCGAUAUGUGUUUUUUCUAAGCUUAUGGAUUGGUUAAAAAGAUACUUUAAUCUCUAGAUUGUAUAUGUAAUUUUUCUUAGGUUUUCUUGCAAGUUGUUUAUUGUUUACUUUUUUCAAUAUGUAAAUAUUUAAUAUAUCUAGAAUUUAUUUUUUAAUGUCCUAUAAAAUGAAGAUUCAUUGUUAUUUUCUUCCAGAUGGGUUUCCAGUUAUACAAGCACAAUUUGUUAAAAUAACCCAUCUACUCAGCAGUCACAUAGUUCUGACACCAAUCUGCGGUGUUCAAUCACAGAUUUGAACUGGCAAUCAAAAAAACAGAAUAGGCUUUAACCCAACAUUAGGUUUAUUAUUAGCUUUGUCCUGAUCAAAACAACAACAACAACAAAACCACCUUUACAAUACUGCAGCUACCCAAGCAAAGAUAGCUUCGAGGACCUAUGUACUGCUGAAGGGAGAAAAGGUCAGAAUGGGUGCAGUUCACCUAAGCCCUGGGAAACAACGUUCUCACCCAGGAUAUCUUACUAUAACCCACCACUGUUAUCUGCAUGGUGUACCCCCAUCACAUGGGGCACACCCAGUUGUAAGACUGAAACCCACUUAAGCACAGGGAAGCUGCUACCUUGUUUUCCCAAGACUUAUGAUACCUUAGUCAUAUAGGCUAGCCAUGUCUUCAUGCCAAUUCACAGCUCUUCCCUCAUCUAGGUACAGGAUACAAAUGAAUCUACAGUAGUAUUUUCUUCAAGGAAACUGGUAUGAACGCAAAUCUAAGGUUCUCUUUCUACACAUGGGUCAGUAGGAAAGGCCUGUUGUUUUUACCAGUACCAUCCUUUUCCUAUUUAACUGACUCAGUUAUGUGAUCCUUUAACCAUAUGAUCUUUUCCUCAUUCAGUGAAACUGCCUGUAGUUUCACUUGUACCAAAACCUAUUCUGUAUUUUCAUUUCACUAAUUUAUUUUUCUACUUCUAUACUAAUACCAUAUUAACUGAUAAACUGAUUUAACACUAGCCUUACUGCAUUUUGAUACUGCAUAUUAGACCAAGUCCUUGCUGUUUUUCAUAGUUUUAUUGGCUAUUCUAAUUUUCUUUCUAUAUAAAUGAAGAUAGUGUUCUCAAAAUACAAAAACUCUUUAAUAGUUGGAAUUACAUUAAAUUUAUAUAUUUAUUUUGAGAGAAAUUACAUUUUUUAUUUUAAGUCUUCCUGACCCAAAUUGUAGUGUGCCUUUGCAUUUCUUCAAACUAUGAUCAUGUCCUUCAGCAUGAGGGUUCUGAACAAAGUAAUCUGAAUGCCAUCCCUGCUUAAUAUUAUAUUAUAGAAAAAGUUUGUUAGUUGGGUGAAUAAGAAAAGUUCCUAUUAUGGGCUAAAUGUUUGUAGCCCCCCAGAAUUCAUAUGUUGGAGCCCUGAUUUCUAUUGUGAUGGUGUUUGGAGAUGGGGCUCUAAGGAAGUAAUUGGGUUUGGAUUAGGUCAUGAAGGUGGGACACUCAUGAUGGGAACAGUACCUUUAUAAGAAGUGGGAGAGAGAUUAUAAGAACAUAAAGAGAUUUCUUUCCACUUGUAUACACA